GGAGAAGGCUAUAUUUUGAGUUUUAGUGUUGAUUCUAGGGUUUCUAUUUACUAAUGGCUGGUUCUUCUUCUGCUUCUUACAUUCAUAUGGUUCAGCAUAUGAUUGAGAAAUGUUUGAUCUUUCACAUGAGCAAAGAAGAGUGUGUGGAAGCUCUCUCUAAGCAUGCAAACAUCACUCCUGUCAUCACCUCUACUGUUUGGAAAGAGCUGGAGAAAGAGAACAAGGAAUUCUUCAAGGCGUAUGAGGAGAGGCAAAGCAAACAAGAGCAAAUGUCGGAGGAAGAGACAAACCAGAUGAUCCAGAAGAUAAUCUCGGAUUCAUCUAAAGACUCCGACGACUGAUCGCGAUGUUCGAUAUAUACCUUAAUUAAGAACCUUAUAUAUAUAUAUAUAUAUAUUAUAGUUUAUAUAUGUGAAUCUCAUGAAAACGAUUUCUCCCUGACGCAUGCAUGUUUAUGUAUAUGUGUAUGUGUAUCACUUUUCUUCUAUAUAUUCGCAUCUGUCCAACGAGAAAGGCAAAAGAGGAGUGAUGACGCUCCUUUUGGUACGUUAUACGUACGUGGUCCAUAUUGCUUUUUUGCAUAAAUAAUGAUGAUAGAAACGGACGCUCAUACACUGUUCAGUCGUGUGGCGUUUCUUUUAGUUAUAUGAAUGUAUCAUGCAUGUGUGUGUAUCCAAAUAAAUUGUUUAUUU